AUGGAAAAUGGUACUUCAUCGUUGUUUCCUAAUCUCAAGGAAAUGUCUCAUAUCGUGCGAGCACUAGACAGGAAUCAAAAAGUGCAUGAAAAUAUACUAAACGUAAUCGGUAACACGCCUUUGGUAAAGCUUUCAAAAAUACCCAAACAAGAGGGCUUACAGUGUGAUAUGUAUGCAAAAUGUGAGUACUUAAACCCAGGUGGUUCUGUUAAAGACCGCAUCGCUUACAGAAUGGUUUUAGAUGCUGAACAAAGGGGAAUACUGAAACCAGGCAAAUCUGUCAUCAUCGAACCUACAUCUGGAAACACUGGUAUUGGAUUAGCACUUGCAGCUGCAGUUAGAGGAUAUCGAUGCAUAAUUGUAUUACCGGAGAAAAUGUCAGAUGAAAAAGUGAAUACACUAAAAGCAUUGGGUGCAGAAAUUAUAAGAACUCCUACAGAAGCUCCAUCAUCUUCUCCUGAAAGCAAUAUUGGGGUAGCUAAUAGGCUCUCUAAAGAAAUUCCUGAUGCAGUACUGUUAGACCAGUACAAUAACCCGUGCAAUCCUCUCGCGCACUAUGACGGUACAGCUGAAGAAAUACUCUGGUCGCUGGACGAUGAUGUGGACAUGGUGGUAAUCGGGGCCGGUACCUGCGGCACGGUGUCCGGCAUUGGUCAUAAGAUAAAGGAGAGAUGCCCGAAGUGCGUCGUGGUUGGUGUAGAUCCAUAUGGCUCUAUACUAGCCGAGCCUGAAGAACUUAAUGCUACUGAUAUAAACAUGUAUGAGGUGGAAGGUAUAGGCUACGACUUCUUACCGCGCUCUCUCGACCGAAAAAUAAUAGAUAAAUGGGUGAAGACAGAAGACAGUGCGUCGCUGCAAAUGGCGAGAAGACUCAUAAAAGAAGAGGGUCUGCUAUGUGGUGGAAGCGGCGGCGCUGCGAUGUAUGGCGCCAUCCUAGCGGCUAAGAGCUUGAAAGCUGGACAAAAGUGCGUUGUGCUUUUACCUGAUAACAUCCGUAAUUACAUGACAAAAUUCAUAUCAGAUCAGUGGAUGGAAGCCAGGGAUUUCAAAUCUUACCCUAAUAACGAUUCAGUGUGGUGGUGGAACAAGCCUCUUACAGAAAAUGAAGAGCUUAUUCAGAAAACUCCAAGUAUUUCUGAAACCAGUUCUACGUUAGAAGCGAUAACCACGCUACGUGCCAACAAAUCCCCACUAGUUAACAUAGUUAAUGAUAAAGGGUCAAUAGUUGGAGUGUUCACAUCUGACAAUACAAGAAAAAGGAUGGUCAAUUUAUCCAGCAGUCUUAAUGAAAAACUUGAAAAUUAUACCGUGAAAAAGUUUUAUAAAUUAGACAUUUCAAAAAAACCUACCCUGGGAGUCGUAUCUCGCACACUCGACAUUGCGCCUUACGUUGUCAUUGUCAAAACAGUUGCAUCGGGUAGUGUUCAAAGUCCUCUUGGUAUUAUUACCUCAGAAGAUCUAUUAAUACAUGUCGCAUCACACAAAAGCAACCAGUUAAAUGGAAAU